AGACGCCUUAGUAAUAAAAUUAGAACAAAAAAAUUCUUCAAAACCGUCAGCCCGGAAACCUCCACUAGUACUUAAUGUUUAUCGUUUAUCGUUUAUCUGUCAAUACUUCAACUGCAUUGUACAAUGCAACAAACAAUGCAGCAAUACGUCAAAUCUUUGUAGUGACAGUUCUUCAAUACCUCAUACCUCCAUCAGUACUUCAAUACUUCAACCUCCAACUGCUGUGGAAUUGAGGAUAUUUAUCCCUAGUUUUCACAUUUCACUGGAAAGGACUAACUCAGAAAGCAGCAUAUCCGUUUCCGACAGCUUGCCAAUUUUAUAACCGUUGGAAUUCGAAAUGCUGGCGCCCGAUAAGUAUCUCACUCCUAUGAAACAAAUGACUGGCGCUGAAGAAAAUCGACACUUUCUGCGUGCUUUUAUUCACACCUAUCGCGAUCUUCCAGUUCUUUGGGACACUUCUCUACGGGAUUACACGAAUCGAGACAAACGAGCCGAAGCCUACGAACAGCUUGUCCCAAUCUAUCGCUACCUCAAACGUGAUGCAAACGUAGAAGAUGUAAAGAAGAAGAUUAACACAUUGCGAACAAACUACCGAAAAGAGUUAAAAGUUGUGGAGAGCGCCCGUCGAAAUGGUACCGUUCAUCAUCCACGUUGUUGGACGUUUCAUGAAUUGGAUUUUCUACGAAAUACCGAGAAAUUUCUGGCAGUCAAUCCAAGUACGCGGGGCGAUAAUUUCUCAGCAUUUAGCGAAAAUUCACAGUCGCAAGCAUCAUUUAUCGAUUCACCAGCAUCAACUUACAAUUUCCGCACAAUGAUGGGCGUGGGUACGGUUCAAUCACCCCCGAGCAUUGCCGAAAUGUUUCACAAAUCAUUUGGGAACUCUCAAAAACUUGAUCCAGAGCGGACACCUCCUCCAACUACCACAUCACAGUUAACUGUUGCAAAUACGGCGCCAAAUGUACAAACCACAAACUCCGCAGAAUACAAUCAUGCAAGACAGGAAUCGGAAUCGCCAGUAGGACCAGCAAAGCGUUCACGUUAUUCGCCAUCAAGCGGUGCAGUUGCAGCUGGCCAAACACCAGAUGAACUACUCAGCAUAGCUUGCGAUUAUCUUUCAAGUACGUUUCCUGAAGAGGAAUCCAUCGCACGAACCUGGACGCAUAAGCUUAAACGUUUACAACGAGAACAACGGUUAUUGGCAGAAAAAUUUAUCAAUGAAAUACUAUUUGAAGCAGAAUCUGGUACAUUGCAUCGAGGCUCAGUACAUAUUAACAGUUUUGAACCAUUUGUUCGUUUUGAAGAACAUAAUGGUAAUAACCAAGAACCGACCAAAUCACAAAGCCCAAGUGUACAUACGUCUACCACAACAAUAUCGCACGAUAGUGAAAUCAAGUCAAUUUCAAAUUCUGGAUCGACUGAAAAUACCAACACUGCAAAUUCGGUUAAUGAGGGCAGUUACGAAAAUUAUCAGAACUAAAUUUCAUUGUAGCUUUAAGAUAAAAAUUAAUAUUAUAAGCCAGAGAUGCAUUGCUUCUUUAACCAAGUAAAUAUUGGAUUUUUAAUUCGU